CAUCAUCAGUGUGGGACGGAUGUAAACAUUUACUAGUGAGGGAAUGCUGUGUGGUAACUUCAUAUUAAAAAUUAUCCGAAGAUCACAUUGAAAUGCCAGAAAAAUGAGUGGGGGGUUGGCACCAAGCAAAAGUACAACAUAUGUUUCCAACUUGCCGUUUUCUCUUACCAAUAAUGAUUUGCACCGGAUAUUUUCCAAGUAUGGAACAGUAGUCAAAGUCACUGUUCUAAAGGACAAAGAGACCAGAAGAAGUAAAGGAGUAGCAUUUGUUUUAUUCUUGAAUAAGGAGUCUGCACAGAACUGUGCCAGGGCACUUAACAAUAAACAGCUAUUUGGCAGGGUAUUAAAAGCCAGUAUUGCUAUUGACAAUGGACGGGCAGCCGAAUUCAUCAGAAGACGCAACUAUAUGGACAAAUCAAAAUGUUAUGAGUGUGGGGAUACUGGCCAUUUAAGUUAUGCAUGCCCUAAGAAUGUCCUGGGAGAACGUGAACCUCCAAAAAAGAAGGAAAAAAAGAAAAAGAAGAGACAGUUUGAGUUGGAAGAUGAAAUUGAGGAAGUGGAAAGUGAAGAUGAAGGAGAAGACCCUGCUCUAGAAAGCCUUAGUCAAGCAAUAGCAUUUCAGCAAGCAAAAAUUGAAGAAGAGGAACAACGAUGGAAGAAGAGUAUAGCAGAACAGUCAGUAUUGUCAUCCGAGGAUUCAAAGCGACCACGGAUAAAAAAGAGUGCUUACUUCAGUGACGAGGAGGAACUCAGCGACUGAUUAUUGUAUCAUAUAUUUAAGAAAUUGUUAUGGAAUGGAAUGCAGUAGUAAGGUAUGAUUCAGACACACUUGUUACACAGAUGACUUUUUCAGGUUUUCUGCAACAAAUCAUUUUAUGUAUCACAUGUACAAAAAAAAUAAUUUCAGAGAUCGCAUCGUUGGAAGUGUCAUGCAUCUGACAUUGUGAGAUAACAUUGCUUGAUUCCUGCUUAUCAUAGCAUUAAUGCAUUCGGAAGUUGGCCAGGAUUGUGCAAGAUGUGAUAGAGAAGCAUGCGAGUAGGAGAAUUAGAGUAGUUCUUUAAUGGCCAUUAUUAAUAUUCCAGCAUUUCUGCAGCAAUUGUUGCUUUUGAGAGUUUACUACAUUAAGAUUUUUAUUGUGAAGAAAAUAUAUUUGUAUAAUGUUGUGUUUAUUAUGUUUCACAGAAUAAUGUAUGUGUUGUAUUUAAACCCUGAUUUCAGUAAUCUGUUCUACAAUUUUGUUGAAAGAUUGUAAUACAAGAGUAAAAAAAAAUUUGAAACUUUUACAAGGCUAACAAGUGAGUAAAGAAAAAUCCGUAUCUUUUAA